AAGACCGAAGUUGCUUUAUGGGAUCACUUGUUUUCGGUGGUUGGCAAGCCUAAAGAUUUGUUUGAAGUAAAUGGGUAAAUUUAGUUUUCGUUUUUUAUUUUUGCUAAUAUUACAUGUGUAGAUGUGUCUGUCAGAUGGAAGGCUAAGAACAGCAACAUCAUAUCUGAUUAUUCUUCAGACCAUGCAACCGCUAGCAAUCGGUGGAAAAGAUACGAUUCGACUGUUGCAAAAGGCCAUGGACGAAAAUGACUUUGAACUAUGCAAAGAGCUGGUCCGCUUUUUGAGCUCAAUUGAUAGUUCUGGGCAAACACUUCAAGAGGCAUUAAAAAUGAUCAAAUCUCGCAUGGAGAAUCCGCUAUCACCAAAUAGUACUGACGUUCAAAUAGACAAAGUAGCACAGAGUAUGCACAACUUGAGUAGUGCUUAAAAGUAAAAUAAAGACUGUAUACCCCUUGAAUUAGUGUAAUCACUUACAAAUUCAUGUGACCCCAAAUUUA